GCCGUCGCUUCCGCCGGCGGCUCCCAGGUUGCUCCGCGGGUAAACAGCGAUGGCCGCCGAGGACGGUGGCGGGGAGCCGGAGCACAACAUGGGGAACCACCUGCAGCUCGUGCCCGCAGAGAGCGAGGAAGAGGAUGACACUGAAAUGGAAGUUGAAGAUCAAGAUAGUAGAGAAGCUGAGAAGCCAAAUAUUAUUAACUUUGACACCAGUUUGCCAACAUCACAUAUGUAUUUGGGUUCUGAUAUGGAAGAGUUUCAUGGGAGAACGCUGCACGAUGAUGACAGCUGCCAGGUGAUUCCAGUGUUGCCCCAUGUGAUGGUGAUGUUAAUCCCAGGACAAACAUUGCCUCUUCAGCUUUUUCACCCGCAAGAGGUUAGCAUGGUGCGGAAUUUAAUUCAGAAAGACAGAACCUUUGCUGUCCUUGCAUACAGUAACGUACGUGAAAGAGAAGCACAUUUUGGAACAACAGCUGAAAUAUAUGCCUACCGAGAAGAACAGGAGUUUGGAAUUGAAACAGUUAAAGUGAAAGCAGUAGGAAGACAGAGGUUUAAGGUGCUUGAAAUAAGAACCCAGUCAGAUGGAAUCCAGCAGGCGAAAGUCCAAAUCCUUCCUGAGCGAGUGCUGCCUUCCACAAUGUCAGCAGUACAGCUGCAGUCUCUCAACAGAUGCCACAUAUUUCCUUCUUCUAGACCUACAGUGUGGCAGGACCAACAUAUACAUCAAAGGUGGCAGAAAUAUCAAAAGAGGAAGUUUCACUGUGCUAGUUUGACAUCUUGGCCUCCGUGGCUCUAUUCUUUAUAUGACGCUGAAACCCUGAUGGAAAGAGUCAAGAGGCAAUUACAUGAGUGGGAUGAAAAUCUUAAAGAUGAAUCUCUUCCAUCAAAUCCAAUAGAUUUUUCUUAUAGAGUGGCUGCUUGCCUGCCAAUUGAUGAUGCAUUACGUAUUCAACUGCUUAAAAUAGGGAGUGCAAUUCAGCGUCUACGGUGUGAGUUAGAUAUUAUGAAUAAAUGUACGUCUCUUUGUUGUAAGCAGUGUCAAGACACAGAAAUAACAACCAAAAAUGAAAUAUUCAGUUUGUCCUUAUGUGGGCCUAUGGCUGCAUAUGUAAAUCCUCAUGGAUAUAUCCACGAAACACUUACAGUGUAUAAAGCCUGCAACCUGAAUCUGAAUGGCCGACCUUCUACAGACCACAGCUGGUUUCCUGGGUUUGCAUGGACAAUAGCCCAGUGCAGAAUCUGCGGCAGUCACAUGGGGUGGAAGUUCACAGCUACAAAAAAGGAUAUGUCACCUCAGAAGUUUUGGGGUUUAACCCGGUCUGCUCUGCUGCCUAGGAUUCCAGAUAUGGAGGAUGAAUUAGGCCAAGACAGAUCUCCAAUACUUUGCCUGUAAUCUUGUAACCUGCUUUUUGGAAUGAACAGGCAGCAGUCAGUGUCUCUUAACUGAACCUGCUCAGUGCUGCUUCCGAUGCUUACUUAAACUAAAAAAUUUAAAAAAAAGAAAGACACAGAACAGGAAGCACCAUUACAUUUGGUGGUGUCUUGACAAGUUACUAUGGUGUCCAGAUACGUUGGGAACUGAUGGUUGACGUUUAAAAUUUGACAACUGGGGCGAGAGAAGCGUAGUGUAAGAGACCAGGAGGUACAUGUGGUUCUGGGAAGGCCAGCCAGGCACUGAAAGAGAUGACUCUGAAUCUUGCUUACUGUAUUGUAUAAUUGAAGAUGUUCAUUGCUAUUGAAUUAAAGUAAAAGAUUUGGAAGAAAUAAUAAAGAUGCUGUUAAGCACUAUAUGAUUUAUGUAUGAUGGUAAACAGCAGCAGUGUUCUUCACUGUGGGAUAUUUUCCAGUAAUACACCUUCCUUAAGUACCUUUUGGUGAAAAUCCCUGUUUUGAAUCCACAUGAAAUACUCUCAAGUUUACCUUUGUGCUGCAUUCAAAGCCUUUGCCAAACAAGCAUCAAAGAGUACAAGAUCUCAACCUUCAUACCGAUUGGUGUUGUGUUGGUAACGUCCUCCUAUUAGCAGUGCUGCAAAUGGCAGACGUCACGUGCUUACUGAUACCUGCUGCUAAAGCAACUACUGUAUAAAUUCCUUUUUUUUUUUUUUUAAAGCAAUCCUAUAUCAGUUGUUUAGUCCUUCUCAGUUAUUUGAAAUAGCAUGUUUGACAUGUUCUUUAGCAAUCAUUUGCAUUUUAAAUUAUUAAUUUAAAAGGUACUGGUUGAGCCAGUACAUAAAAUACAUUGUCACUUCCUUUUCAUAAUACAUGAAUGAAUUUCAGUCAAUACUAUUAAAUAUGUUAACAUUCACAGUUUCCUUUGGAAGCUAAUUUACCUAGGAUACCUGCCUAAGGUUUUUUGAAGCAUCUAAUAUUGAUGAAUGUUCACAAAGCUGUAUUUUGGCAAGGGGAGGCCACUUUGGGUUCAACGUUCUUUUCUUUUCUUUUCUUUUUUUUAACAUUCAUAUCAUAAGUCCAGUUUUAUUGUGUAUUGCCAUUCUCUCCUGAGGGGAGGGGUAAACUUUCUAAAUGAAGCAGAAAUCUAAGGCAGGUUAUUACUAUUUUUUUAUUUUAUGAGAUACCGUCUGUGCUACAGAAGUGGGAGCCAAAAAAAGAGGCAGCUUUUGCUGCGUUCCAGAAUGCACUUUGGUAGAAUCUGAAGAUGACAGAUUUCUCCUUUUUUUUUAAAUCUUUUGAGGAUGUUUCACUUACUCUUUAUUCAUUCAAGGUGAAUCAUAGAUAACUUAUAUAUGUGCUUACUUGUGUUGUUAAAGUAAAUGAUACUGAAAUGCUUCAGAUUGUAUUUAUACACUAUGAAUUGCUUCAUUUCGUUGCACCAUGUAUACCUAGUAGCACUGACAGGUUACUCCCAUAAAGAAAUAAGGACAAACAUCUUCAAGUAGAUAACUAGUGAUAAUGUAGUGGUGUCUAUACUCCAGCUGAAAAAGGUUUUCACAAUGUGUUAGGAGACUUUUUUGCUAGAUAUCUAGAAACAAUGUAACUCAGGUUUAGUUCCUUGAAGUCUCCUACCUCUGUGCUUUUAUCAUGAUUUUUAUUAUCCCCUACACAUCAGUAAUAUCAAAUUGAGUUUUUCGUGGCAGUUCUCUUGCCAGUGACCUGUGAAAAGCAAUAUUAGUGUAAGCAUCAUUCUGAACAGAGAGAGAGUGAAAGAUGGUUCAUUUUCUUAAAGAAAGCAUUCACAGUUUGGCUUGUUUUUAGAAUAAGUUUUCAAAAAAUGGAAAUGAUGAUAGGCACUAGUGUGAAAGAGUGCAUAGGUGUGAAUUAUCUGUCCUAUGCUUAUUGGAAUCACAUCUGGGUUUUUUCCUCUAGCUUAGUAAAAAGUUGUGGUUUGAUUUCCGCCCCCCUGCUUCACCUUCCCACCCACCAAAGGUAUUGGGCUCCCAUUGCCCAAUGGGGUUGAUGGAUCUUAGCACUUUGGAGAAAUCAUGCUUUUCAUUUUUAAGCAUUUGCUGAAGUGUGAUGAGUGGUAUUUUCAAAAUGAGCGUUGUCUUCAGCAAACACCAAAUCUCACGGGUGUUUUUAUUUUCGGCUAGAUACGUAUUGGCCUCAAGUAAAACAUCAAACUAACAUUAUUUGAUCACAUUUGAACAUGAAAUAGGCAUAUUUUUGGUCUGUUUAAUAUGUGUAUAUAGAUUCAAAUAUAAAGCUAAUACAAUCAAGUGAGACCAGUCGAAAGUUAUUUUAGCACCAGCUUAAUUUUAUGGUUGAUUAAUGCUUUGCCAUCUAACCUACUAGGUGAUGUUUUCCAUUACAAACUUUUUUUUUUUAAGUUUGGAGCAAGUGUGUUUCAAAAUUAAUUGCUAUUAAAGUACCAAAAGCGUAUGCAUCCUCAAUAGGUACAAUCUGUAUUUUAUAUGGAUGUAAACUUGGUAAAGGUUCUGUACAUUGGUUAAAAUUUUCUAAGCUUACAUUUUCCCCCUUCCUUUUCUGGGGGGGAAAAAAACAAUUAUCAAGUUGGUAUUGAAUACUUUCCAGAUGAUAAAUAUAGACACCACAUACUUCUGAGAGCUAAGUACUAACCAAAACAUUAAUCAUCAUGGAAAUAAGUUAUGCUUAGAUUCAUUGAGUUGCUUCUUUUAAAGCCAUUGUUGCUAUAGCACAGACCCCCACGCCCCGAUCUUGCAAUCUGUUUCACUGUAACAUUGCUUGUUUUCAAAUAUUUGUUUAAAUUUUGUGCAUAGACUGAACCAUAAUAAAACAUUUUCUGUUGCAUGUAACUAUUUUGUUCUAAAGUGUUUUUGAAAUUCUGUACCACUUUUUUCUUCUUUUUUUUAGUAAUAAUACUAUUUUUGUACAUGAAUCAUUUCAUUUGUUCAUCCUGCUACUGUUUUUCACCUAAGUUGUUAGAACUGCUUUUUAAAAGCUGCGGUUAGGAUAGCACACUGUUUUAACUGUUCUUUUGUCUGCCUUUGAAAGAACUUUUCCUAAAAGUCUCACUGCCCACAGACAUUUGCAAACAAUAAAACCUUCAGUAUGUUUCACUUCAA